CUGGACAGGACAGAAGUGAUCAAGAGCAACUUGCACCCGGUCUUUGCCAAGGUUUUCUCUUUGGACUACUACUUCGAGGAGGUUCAGAAGCUGCGGUUCGAAGUCUACGACAUCCAUGGCACCCACAGCAUCGGCACCCGGGACGACGACUUCCUCGGAGGGGUGGAGUGCACCCUGGGCCAGAUCGUGGCCCAAAAGAAGAUGGUGAAGCCUUUGUUGCUGAAGUAUGGGAAAUAUGCCGGCAAAUCCACCAUCACAGUAGGUUUCUGUCCUCAUGACCUUACUGCUCUGACGCAUGAAAUUUGUCUGGAUUGCUCGACACAUUGUCCUCACUGAGCACUUUAGCUCCAUUCCUGCUCAGCAUUAGAGUUCACCCAGGGAACACAGCAGGUCCGUAUGAGAC